CCGCUUCGUUUCUCAACUCAUUUCUCUUACUCACAACUGUCGCAUUGUCCUUUCCUCUGACAAAGGCGAAGAAAAAAGCGUGACAGAGACGGACAAAAAGCUUGAGUGAUCGUCCCUUCCAUCUUCCAAAAAGCUUGAGUGACCAUCUUCAUUCCGAGUAGUGAUUUUUCAUCUUUAUUGUAGCAGCCAGGAAAAAUGCUUAGCUUUUGAGGAUUUAUGAUCUUUGAUUUUUUCCAAUUUUCAGGUACUCAUAUGCCUCUUUUUGACAACUAUGGUCAUGGCCUCAUCUGAUGAAGAAGGUGAGAUUGUACCAGAUUCCGUAACGGAAUACUACUUUGUUGACCACAUUGGGGAACUGGUUUCCUUUUCCACGCUGCCGCUUAAGUGGAAUGAUGGAGAGAUAACAGAGGAGCUCUGUACGAAGAUUUAUGUAUGUGGGACUUCUGAUGAUGGUCUUCAGCAAAUAUAUAAGAAAGUCAUUGCAUGGAAAUUUGAUAUUUCUUAUGUCAUGCCUGAAGUAUAUGUGCUUUCUAAGGAGAAACUGUGGGUAAAACUUUAUCGACCAAGAAAGGGUUAUGAAGAGACGAUCAAAACAAUACUGAUUACAAUUCACUUUCUCCACUUUGUUAAAAAAAAUCCAAGUGGAUCUCAAGAUGCCCUGUGGAAUCAGAUACUGAAAACCUUCAGUACAUUUGAGAUUCUGCCAUCUGAGAAUGAUCUAUUGGGUCACAUGCCAUUGAUCAAUGAAGCUGCAUUGAGGGAUAAAGAUCUUGCAAAAUCUGAGUAUAUGGCAACUUUUAUUUCCAAGAUGCAUGAUAAGAGAGAAGCUGCCAAGGAAGACACUCAAGCUUUAAAGAAUCUGAAGUUUGUUAUUGAUGAUUGUGAUGAUGAUCUUUUUGAUCCUGUCUGUGCAUACUGUGAUGAUGGUGGUGAAAUUUUGUGUUGUGAAGGAAGAUGCUUAAGAUCCUUUCAUCCUACCAAAGAAUCUGGAGCUCAUUCAUUUUGUGAAUCUCUUGGCUAUAGUCACCAACAAGCAGAAAUUUUCCUUUGCAAGAAUUGCCAGUAUCAGCAGCAUCAAUGCUUUGCUUGUGGCUUAUUGGGUUCUUCCAACAAAUCUUCUGGGGCAGAGGUCUUCCCUUGUGUUUCUGCAACUUGUGGGCACUUUUAUCAUCCGAAGUGUGUUUCAAAGCUCCUUCAUCCAUCUGAUGUUACAAAAGCAGAAGAACUUUGCAGUAAAAUUGCUGAAGGAGAUUCAUUUACCUGCCCUGUACAUAAAUGUUUUGAAUGCAAGCAAGUUGAAGAUAAAAAGGUCUAUGAAUUGCAGUUUGCAAUUUGCAGACGUUGCCCAAAGGCAUACCACCGUAAAUGCUUGCCCAGGACUAUAAUGUUUGAAAGCGACAAAGAAAGAAAAAUUUAUCAACGGGCUUGGGAAAAUCUUUUGCACAAUCGUGUCUUGAUUUAUUGCAUGGACCAUAAUAUAAUUCCUAAAAUUGGAAGUCCAAAAAGAAACCAUAUAGUCUUUCCUGAUGUUGAUACAAAGAAGCCGCAGCAUACUUCAGGGUCGCUACCUGCCCAAGUGCAGGUUGUGUCUGGAAGGAGAAGUAAGGUUCUUGAGUCUCUUGAAGAAAAACCUGUAGCAAAAAUGAAUUAUCGGUUAAAGGGAAUUCAUAGCAACUUUAAAGUUGGUAAAUGUGUUGAAAAUAUUGAGAAAGGAGUUCGCAAACUAGUCCUGGUAGGAAAAAUUGGAUCCUCUCCAAACUCUUCCAAGGAUAAUUGGAUGCCCGUCAGGGACAAAUACAGGCAAUCCAUAGCGGAUAAAGGUAAGUCACAUGUAAAAGAUGAUCAAUUGAAGUUUAAGAAUGAAUCGAGUGGCAAUAUUGACAGCACGCAAACAGCGACAUCUGCUACAAACAAGGCACAAAGGAUUGAGCCGUCAGGAAAUGCAGAAGCAGAUAAGAGAGUACUUGCAUUAAUCAAAAGGUCCACUGCAUCAUUUAAUCAAGAAGAAUUUUUAAAGCAGAAAAAAAACAAAAGCAUAGGUGUAUACUCAAAAUCCAUGGAUGACAAGAGCAUGACCAUGGGAAAGGUGGAGCACGCUGUAAAGCGCUACACUUCAUUUGGUCGUCACUUCACCAAAGUGGAUAAGCUGAAGGAGGUAGUUGACAGGCUCCGGUGGUACGUUGAAGAUGGUGAUACAAUAGUCGACUUCUGUUGUGGCUCAAAUGAUUUCAGUUGUUUAAUGAAAGAAGCUCUGGACAAAUUGGGCAGGAAGUGCUCCUUCAAAAACUAUGAUAUUAUACAACCCAAGAAUGCUUUCAGUUUUGAGAAAAGGAAUUGGAUGAGUAUUUGUCAAGAUGAAUUACCUGCUGGAUCAAAUCUUAUCAUGGGGCUGAAUCCUCCUUUUGGCGUCCAUGCAUCUCUGGCUAAUACGUUCAUUUCAAAAGCUCUGACAUUCAGUCCAAAGCUCAUGAUUCUCAUUGUUCCUAAAGAAACUAAAAGACUUGACAGGGGAAAGUUGCGAUAUGAUUUGAUUUGGGAAGAUGACGAAUUACUUUCUGGGAAGUCCUUUUAUCUGCCUGGGUCAGUGGAUGUGCUUGCUCAGCAAAUCGAGCAGUGGAACGCGGAGACACCACCAUUAUAUUUAUGGAGUCGCCCUGAUUGGACUGUCAAGCACAAAGCAAUAGCUCGAGAGCAUGGCCAUAUUAGCAUGGAACUAGAUGUUGACCGUAUCAGGGAAAUCAAUGUUGAACCUUCUGUUUCCAAUUAUCUAAUGGAAGAUCAGCAUGACUGGUACCAUGAUUUUUCUAGUGUCAUGAAAGGCUACAGUGACAUUACCAGUAUGCUGGAUGAUUUGCCUGAUGAAUUUGAUGGUACUCAACCUGAUCAGCUCAGGGACACUCGUGCUGAGAUGCAGUUUGAUCGCCAGCUGAAGAACAGACGUCCUGAUGCUGAAGAUCAUAGUGUCGACAUGGAUUGGGAAAUUGUGUAGGCUCUGUUAAAACUCCUCGCCAUGAUUAGACAAAUGGGUGUUCCAAGUGCCGUUUUCCGCUGUGUCCGCGAAAGUUCAAAAGCAAAGUUAACAAUUACUCAAUUCUACUGUCUCCGACUUGAAUGAGCUUCAAAGCCUGUUAAAGUGUUGACAACUUCUAUUUGCCCUGGAAUGUUCGGUAACUUACUACCAAAAUUGUACGACUUAAAAAGUAUAAUCCAUUACCUUGGGUAAACUGUUCAUACUGUUCAUCUACGAUGAAUUAUCUUGCGUUACUGAAUGUGUUCUUUUUUGCUGUAUUCUAGUUUCUUUUCUUUU